GAGAGGGAGAGAGAGAGAGAGAGAGAGAGAAAGAGAGAGAGAGAGAGAGAAGAGGACAUAGAGAAAGAGAGAGAGGGGGGGAAUUGGGGCAAACAUAACAUGAGGAGCGCAUUCAAAACAAGCGGCACUGUGUCCACACUCACUCAUAUACCUGCGCUAAUGGGAGAGCUGGUGUUUGGAAAGUGACGGACUUUGUGUUACCUUACAUUAUAUUCAGUCGUGUGUGGAAGAAAGCAGCAGCUGAUGCCAAAAGAGGAUUGUUGGAACUGAAUUGUUAGACGAAAACGCCUUUCAUCUUGCAGCCAACCCCCAAGGGAACCAAGACAGACAGAGAAAACCAAAAUCCCAAAGUGAUUGACAUGCUGAGGAAAACGGGUUGCCCUAUAUCCUGCUGGUUGUGAGGAGAUCAAGGAGAUCAAUCAUUUGUGCUUUUCAAGACAGAUCUGCGACAACUACAGUCUGUGAAAAGUCUGGACACUUCCCUAGUACCUUGAUGAACAUUUCAAACUGGCUGCCACAAGACAAGAAUGGAAAAUCUGACAUCAGCUCUCAAGACAUUAAAUAAAACCUCAGGGAAUGACCUAAACUGCCUUGAGAACUUCAGUGGCUAUGAAGACUCUUCUUCUGUGCAAGGCAGUCCAACUCGCUUAGGGCGUCUCAUCAAGCCUAAAAACAAUAUGAGCUGCAGGCGAAAGCGCGAAUUCAUCUCUGAUGAGAAGAAGGACGCCUCUUAUUGGGAGAAACGACGUAAAAACAAUGAAGCAGCCAAACGCUCCCGGGAAAAGCGUCGUAUCAAUGAUAUGGUUUUGGAAAACCGUGUCCUUGCAUUGAAUGAUGAGAAUGUGAGGCUCAAGACGGAGCUGCUCCAGCUGAAGCUGCGCUUUGGCCUCAUAAGCACUGCGUCUUACAUUGAAAAGAGUCAACAGAUUAGUGGAGGCAACAACGGGGGAAAUGGAAGCUCAUCCUCUUCUUCGACCCAGUAUUACUCCAGCGGUUACUCUAGUGGUUCUCAGGUGAUGAUGAACUCGGAUUCCUCAGAAACAGAGCAGUCAGGACAUGGUGAGAGCCACAGGCAGUUGGGGAAAUACUCCCCACGUGGCUCCCUCUCUGACAUGUCUGAUGGGUCCUCCAGGGACAGCCCUGAGCCAAUCCCUUUUGAGAUAAAACAGGAAGGUGACAGGCUAGAGAUGGACAUUGCUAAUGGCACCACCACCCAGAUCAUGUUUAACAUCCACCGUGGUCUUGCCUCUGUGCCCACUCACCACCAAAUCCAGCAGCAUUCUCAGGAGCUCAAGGCUGCAUAUCACGACCAUCAACAGCAGCAUCCCCUUCACCAACAGCAACCCCAUGAGGAGUCUGUUACCACAAUCAACACUGUCGGCCAGCCUGCCCCUCACCCACCUGCUGCCCAGCGGAGUGUUAUUCUAUAUGGCUCCAGCAGUGCCUCCUAUCCAGUUGAAAGCCUGACAAGGCCCCAGGACACCAACCUGCAAGCGGGCCAGAUGCACAGCAGCCAGACAAGUGUUAGUCAACUGCAGCAGUCCAUCACCGAGGGCUCCACUAAGGCAUUGGCUGAGUUGAAAAAACAGCUAGAAAGGAAGUUAUUACCACCAUCUCCAUACCAGCACUCAGUCGACAGUCGUAAUGAGGCUGAGGAAGGAAACAUGUACAAAGUUUCCCAGCAGCACCUGCAGCAGGAGCACCAGCCACACCAGCAAGAGGGCGAUUCAUCUGCAGGGCUCCUUCACAGACAAAUAGAGGGAGUCAACCAAUCCCCCCUGUACCACCAUCUCCAGCAGCCUCACCAUUCAUACCUCAGUGCCCAAGAUGAGGAGCCACCCGUGCUUACCUAUGAGGGUGGGUCCAGGAGGGAGGCGUUCUACCAAGGUCAACCUAGAAUCAAUUGCAAUUUGACCUCGUCCAGUGAUGGAGAUCACCGCAGCUCUGACAAAGAGACCUCCACGGAUGAUGACGACUUUCCCUCCUCGUCCUGCUCAGAUAUGGGUAGCUACAGCAACCAACACCUGUCUGGCCUCCACCAGCCUGCCUCACCUCCGCCCUCCUCUCAGGGCUGCCCACAGGCCCACGGCCGGGAUGCACAGGGGGAGGUGAAGGGCACGGCGUUGCCACACAAACUCAGACUUAAACACAGGGCCAUGAGCUCUGGAUGCAGUGGUGGCCACUCCUCUGGUCAGGAGUCCCCAACAACCCCUCCCUCUUCAACACCCCCUCCCCUACCCCAGCACCCCUACUUGUCCCUCAUGCCCCAGCAGAACAUUACCAGGGAGAGCCAAGGUGAAGACUGUACACAAGGGGCCUCAGGGGAGGGGGUAAGGAAGGAAAGUGGGAAAAAAGACACAGGUGGACGACGAAACAAGAGGCGAGAUUAAGUGACUUUUAAAGAAAAAGUCACAACUUGGACAUAAGACAUUUCUCGUCUAAGAACUACCCUGCCAUCAUGCCUUUGCCCUAUAAUUGAAUCCCCUCCUUAAGCCCUUGGGACAGGAAGCUGGGCUUUUCUAAUCCCCUACUCCCUGAAUAUCACCAAAAAAGAUGGACAACUUGUAGGGCUGUAAUAUAUUUGUAUAUAUUGUACAUAUUUAUCAUUUUUACAUCCUCUCCAUACUUACAGAAGCACUUUUGUUUAUGUGAUAAGAGGAGGAAUGGAACUGCCUGAUUUUCUAACUUUUUCAUCCAACAACAUCCAGCGGAGUACAUCAACCAUCAAUAUUUUGACCACUAACAAAAAAGAAUGUAGGAAAAGUUUUGAGCUUUAUUAGUACUAUAAAUUUGGUACAUAUCUGACUGUAGACAAACAUACAAUUGUAUGCCUUAAUUAAAAUCAAAUGCAAACGUACACUGGGAACAUUCCCUUGACCAAAGAAUCACCAACACUGCAAAUAUUAAGUUCCAUGCCUCUUCCCAGACCCUACCUCUACCGCCCCAUACUUUUCCCAGUCAUCUUCAUUAUUACACAAAAGAUCACCAUUACCUUUAUUUUUAAGCACUUGGUUUGUAUAUUACUGUGAUAUAUGAAUAUAUGUAUCUAUUAUAAAUAUAUAUUUUACAAAGAAAUUUGAAUACAAGUUCAACAAAAAAGUGACAAACCUGCAACGGUUAAAGAGGGUCUUGAAAGUGACCAUCUUAUUUUAAAAAAAAUCACUGUACAGCCACAUUUCCGCUACAGGACCCAUUUGAAUUAAAAGGCCUCACUUUUGAUUGUCAAGCUUUAGCAUUAAUAAUUUGUUAAUGCCCUGUUUACACAGAAAUGGCCAUCCAGUUUGGAGCGCCUACAGCACUGAAUGGAGAAGAUGUUGUUUCCUGAGGCAAGGGCCUCAAUAAAAUGUUUGAAUUUCUUUACCUUUAACCAGCCUUUAAAUAUUUGGUGGAUUCACCAGCUGCAGGCUAUAAGCCUUUAGUUUAUUUGAGCUUUAUCAAUCAUACCUUGUUGUUGUUGUCACCAUUAACUGGCCCAAUGUAUUUAUUUCCCUCUUCUCCACACGCCUAUCACUGUAGAAAAGCCCACAGGAACAUGGACAGAGAAUGUGUACAGACCUUUUAGGAUACAUAUUGCAGCCUCGAGUUUAAACUGUAAUGUAAGCGUGGGAGGCAAGAGUAAAAAUCAGGAACUCAAAUUCAUGCAAUCACACAAGAGUGAAUUGAGUUUCAAGUUAAGGUCAAGUUAAGGUGUGAAGACAUAAGUAAAGAGUCCUCUACACUGGACAUUCACAUAAAUUAAUAGAGGUUCCAUGGUGUGAACAAGCAGGGCUUGUGGCUUAGCUUUGAUUCCAGAUAAUUUAGUUAUUGUGAAAUUAAUCUUUAUCCAGAUUCCUGCAUAUGAAUGCUGAAUCUGUAGGUGAGAUAGAACAUGAAAAAUGACAUUUCUUGAACCCUCCAAGUUCUAAUGUUGAAAAUGUACAAACACAAAUUUGAGCUUAUAUGAAUGAAAUCGAAGUUUGUCUCUUGUUUCCCAUGUGCCUCCACUUCUCAUUUAAGGGGGAAAGUCAUUCUUUUCUCAUGGUAGUUCUGCAUCUGGGCAGCGAGGAAUCUGCACCGGAUCCUUUUUAACAAGAGUCUAUGUACCAUGUUUGGCUUUUGGUGCUUGUGUAUAAAUGUAAAGCACUGUAAUGUUUAUUUCAUUGGUUUUUAUAUCCUUUUUUUUAAUUCGUAAAGGUGUUGUUCUGUUUUCAUUUUUACUGUGUCUUUUCUCCUAUUGACAGUGAUAACAUGUAUUUGCCUCAUUUCUCUUUCCCUCUCCCCACUUCUCAGUGUGUAUUAAUCAGUAAUGUUUGUGGUUUUAUGAAAAAGAUGAGAGGGAAAAAACAGGCAAAGAUAGUGUGGUGUUUAAAGUUGGGUGGUGGUUGGACUGGUUGGUCAUUACCAUCCCUUCCUUUUGACAUGAAUAUGUAUGUACAGACACUAAUGUUCAUUGUGGAAGAUGGGAGCAUUUCAAGACCGAAAAGUGAAAUAAAAAGAAUGUUGACCUUAUCAACAUAUCAUGAAAAAUA